CAAACAUCCAAACGACCCUCCUGAUAACAACAGCGUGGAAGGAUCUCUCUCAUUCUCUUGCUUCACUCUUUCAUUUUCUAGAUCCCUUCGUGUGCUCCUGCAUGCAAUAGUUGGAAGUUCGCAUUUGUAAACGGUUCAAUCAACUUGCUUAAUCACAAUGGCCGUCGAACCCGUUCCCACGUCUUCUCCCGUGGCCACUUCCGAACUGACCAAGAUAGCCACCGAGGCCUGCGAUUUCGCCCUCAAGGAUGUAACAGAAUAUGAUCACUCCCGGGUCGCAGACUGGAACUCGCACAUUAUUAACACUAUCCUCAAAGCCCUGAUCAGCGCCACGGCUCCCUCCACCGCCUCGUCUUCUCCCCCUUACCGCUUCGUCGUGAACAGCACCAUUGUCCAACAGGGCCUGAUCGACAAGUCCGCCGCUGCGGACGGUACCACCGCCAAUGCCGGCAAGCGCGGAAUGCACUCCGCUUCCGGCGCCUUCUGGGACGUCAACCGGGACGGGAUGUGGACAUUCAAAUACCCUGGUGCCGAGGAGAGGGGCCUGGACGUUGUUGUCAGUGUGACGUGGUUUGCACUGGGUUGAAUCGCCAGUCUUGCAACAUAGGAGUGGAGGAGGAGG